CUCAGGAUUAGCGUUCUUUCGGUUCUACGGAUUGUACUCUGGUUCUACUCUUUUGCCUUGGGGUUGGGAGUCUGGGGCGGGGCGGAGGAGGUAAAACUCGCUCCGGGACGGCGUCUCCGCCGCACGGAGGCGGCUGUGAGGCCCGACUGAAUCUGUUGGCGACAGCGGUGCCCUGUUCCCGACCUGUCGCCCUUGCGCUUCCUGCAGGCGGGUGGCGGGGCGGCGCCCACGAGCCCGACUGAGAGUCCCACAGCAGUGGCAGAAAUGCUUAUGGACCCUGCACAGGGCCGUCUGGUACUUGAGGACGUGGCCAUACACUUCUCUCAGGAGGAGUGGAGGCUCCUGGAUGAGGCUCAGAGAUGCCUGUACCACAGCGUGAUGCUGGAGAACUUGGCACUGUUGUCCUCCGUAGGUUGUUGGCCUGGAGCCCAGGAAGAGGAGGUCCCUUUGGGGCAAGGUGAUUCUGCGGGAGUAUCACAGGUCCAGACCCCAAGUCAAGAUCCAUGUGCCCAGAGGUCUCGUUUUUGGGAUAUGUGUGGUCCAGUCUUGAAAGACAUUUUGCAUCCAGAUAAGCAGGAUGGAACGCACCCUCAGCAAGAGGUGAACACACAUGUGGCCAAUCUUUCUGGGUGCUAUAGGGAGCAGAAAAGAAAGAAAGUGUCUGGAUGGGUUGAACAGAGGCCUUCAUUUGUAAAGAACUUCAUUGUUCACCCUGCAGAGAGGACCUUGCCAUGCAGGGAGGGUGGGAAGAACUCUCAGGCCAGCUCUGGCCUUUCCCUGCACCAGACCCCUCACAGUGCAGGGAAGCCACAUAACACUGAAGGCAGGGAGACUCUGGAAAGUGGGCACAAUAGCUACAAGUGUGACAAAUGCGGAAAAGCCUUUAGCUACAAACACUUAUGUGUUGAGCACCAGAAAGUGCACAAUGAAACAAGGCUCAGUGAGCUCUUCGACUGUGGGGAACUCUUCAAUCAAAAGUCUGGCUUCACUGAACACCAGAGAGUUCAUACCAGGCCAAUGCGUUAUGAGUGCAACCAGUGUGGAAAGUGUGUUAAAGACAGCUCCACGCUCAUUAUUCAUCAGAGAGUUCACACUGGAGAAAAGCCAUAUCAAUGCAGUGAUUGUGGGAAAUCCUUUAGGUACAGCUUUACACUCAAAAGACAUCAGAGAGUUCACACCAGAGAAAGGCCAUAUGUGUGCAGCGUAUGUGGGAAGUCUUUCGUGGACAUGUCUAUGCUCAUUAUUCACCAGAGAGUUCAUACUCGGGGAAGGCGUUUUGAGUGCAGCAAAUGUGGGAAGUUCUUCAGGUACCGCUUCACACUUGAGAGACAUCAGAAAGCGCACAGUGGAGAGAGGCCUUAUGAAUGCAGUGAAUGUGGGAAACUCUUUAGGCACAACUCAAAUCACAUCAGACAUCGGAGAAACCACACUGGGGAGAAGCCUUAUGAGUGCCCUGUAUGUGGCAGACUCUUCAGCCAAAACUCCCAUCUCAUUCGGCACCAGAAUGUUCACACCAGAGAAAAAACUUACAAAUGUAGUGAGUGUGGGAAAUUCUUUAUGGACAGCUCCACGCUCAUUAUUCAUCAGAGAGUUCACACUGGAGAGAAGCCUUAUGAAUGUGGUGAAUGUGGUAAAGUCUUUAGAUACAACUCCAGCCUCAUUAAACAUCGGAGAAUUCACACAGGGGAAAAGCCCUAUGAGUGCCGCAACUGUGGGAGAGGCUUUAGGCAGAAUUCCCACCUUGUUCGGCACCAAGAAGUUCACAGCAAAGAGUAUUGCAAACCAGAAUUGACUUCAAAGUAGUGUCUGCUGUAAUUUAGCACUGGAAGCACCGCUAUGCAGUUGUAUGUUUUUUUAAUCGUGUCUUAAAUACUUGUAAGUUAAAAUUUGCAAUUUUAAUCAUUUAAGGUUAAGGUUCAGUAGUAAUAAUACAUUCAUGUUACUGUGCAACAAACAUCCAGAAGUCUUUAUUUUAUAAAACUGAAACUAUAGCUGUGGAGCAACAAUUCUUUCCCUCCUCCCUAAUCCCCUGACAGCCAUCAUUUUACUUUCUAUCUGUGAGUUUGACCAUCAAUGGACACAAGUGGCUUCCACCUCUUGGCAAUUGUGAAUAAUGUUAUAAUCACGAUUGCACAAAUACUGCUUCAAAAUCCUGUUUUCGAUGCUUUUCAGCUGUGCACCCAGAAGUGGACUUGUUGGAUCAUAUGUGAUUUGACCCAGAUUUGAAGUACUGGCAAGUGGACUGUCAGUUCCCCUUCCAGAGCAGCUGAUUAAAGUGCCAGGUUCCCCAGGUCGAGCUUUCAGCAAAAGCACUUAUGGACCCUGCACUGAUUGGCAGGGAGCAGAGGAUGAAGAUGCAGCUUCUGAGCAGAAUAUUUCUGAAACGUCACAGAUAAAUACUCUUAAGGCCGAUCCCUGGAAGAUAUAUGGCCUGGCCUUAGAAGGUGAUUUGCAUCUAACUGACAACCUAGAAAGAAGCCCCAAGAAUCUCAAAUGUAGAGCAUCUGGGAAAUCUUACCAGCUCUAGAAGCAGCUCAAUAGAGAGAAACUCUUUAGAAGGACCACAGACAAGGCCUCCUGUGUGAAGAGCUGCAUUGUCCACACAUCAGAUAAAGCAUUCCCAUGAUGGGAGUCUGGGAAGG